AUGGCUGGAAACACGAGUUCAGACAUUUUGAUUGCAGGCGCAAUUGCAGCCUUCACAGUCGACCUACUCGUCUACCCACUCGACACGAUAAAAACACGAAUCCAAUCCCCAAACUAUGCACGCGUAUACACGAAUACGCGUACGGGGAAAGUAGACCCAAAACUAUUCCGUGGCGUGUAUCAGGGGAUUGGAAGUGUGAUCGUUGCUACACUACCAUCUUCAGGAGCAUUCUUCACAACCUACGAACACACAAAAUCCCUCUUCACCCACUGGAACACCACCGCCACAUCCCCAAACGGCAUCCUUCCUAUAGCCUUCGUCCAUGCCUCGGCUUCCUCCCUCGCAGAACUAGUUUCUUGCGCCAUCCUCACCCCCGCAGAAGUAAUUAAACAAAACGCUCAAAUGCUUCCCUCUCCAUCGCCCUCCAGCUCCUCAUCCUCAUCCCAGCCUUCCCCCACAAACGCCACACUAUCCACUCUCUCGAAAUUUCGAGCAAACCCCCUCGCACUAUGGCGCGGUUACGCGGCGCUUGCAGGCCGUAAUCUGCCGUUUACAGCAAUGCAGUUUCCGCUAUUCGAACGGCUGAAACAGGGGAUUAAGGAUUAUAGAGACGAUAGAGGGUUGACGAGGGGCACGAUCGUGGAAAGUGGGUGCAUUACGGCGGUUAGUGCGGGUGCGGCAGGUACUGUUGCGGCGGUGAUUACGACGCCAGUGGAUGUUGUUAAGACGAGGAUUAUGUUGAGUGCUGGUGACGAGAGUCCCUCUUCCAGCAAAGAAAACAAGAAAUCCAAAUCAAACGGUCUGGUCGAUGCAGUAGGGAAAUCCAAAUCCUCUUCUUCUGCUUCUUCUAACACACCGAGGAGAAGUAGUUGGCAGGUUGGACAAGAGAUUGUGGCGGAAAAAGGAUUCAAAGGGCUGUGGAGGGGAGGCGCGCUGAGAGGUGUUUGGACGUUUAUUGGGGCUGGCUUGUAUCUUGGGGCGUAUGAGAGUGGGAGGGUGUGGCUGGCGGGGAGGAGGGGGGAGAGUGUUGAUGAGGAGGAUUUGAUGUGA